AUGUCGACCGAAAUAACCACUGCUCCACCCAUAACAACGACGACGACGACAACGACAACAACAAGGUUAUGUCAUCGCCAUCAACCUUCUAGUACAUCCUUUUCUUCAGCCUCUUCUUCUUCUUCCUCCACUCGUCCCGCCUUACCACAGAUUCUAUCCAAUUCUGCAUCCAAUGCUGUUAAUUUUACUAGAAGUGCAACGUCGACUUCAAGAAGAGUACGAUCACAUUGGUUUACACAUUUUGUGUUAAAUUGGCGUCGAAGCUCACGCUCGUCUAAACUACUAUUAGGUUUCUCAAUGACUCUAGUUGCCAUUCAAGUUAUUGCCAGCAUACUUGUCUUACUAGUGUCUUGGGAAAUGUACUGUGAUAAACCACUUCGAGUGUUUGUUUCUGUAUAUAUUAUCCGUCUUGUCAUCACUGCCCCCAUUACUAUAUAUCUUCACUUGACACCACGUCGCCGGUCGACACGUAUCACUUCUUCGCCUCGUACAAGUACAAGAUCUGAACUGAGUGAGGCUUAUGCCUUGAGCGAACGAAAUAGACCCGUCUCCGUUCCACCGCCGGUAACGACAAAUAACAAUCAUCGACACUAUCCUCCGUUUGUGGCCCCAACCCAGCAUUCGUUCCUGGCGGAUACAACUUCGCAGCAAAUGAAUAGUAAUACGUUUAGGAUUUGUGUCGAUAGAGCCAAAUCUGCUCUGGACGUAUUUGCAGUUUUGUGGUUUAUUAUCGGAAACUAUAUGCUUUUCUCAUCUACAACAUGCUCGGACACUGCCAUUCCUCUUUAUUAUUUAUCUCUGUGCAUCAUCAUUUAUGGGUAUUUGAUACUAUCUGUACCAAUCUUUUUAUGCACCUCUGUCAUCUUUUGCUUGCCCUGUGUAUUAGUUGGCAUGAGGCUAUUACAUGUAGAUGAUGGCGUGUAUAUGGGAGGAGCAACCAGUGAAGAGAUUGCCAUGAUACCAGUCUAUCGGUUCAAAUCGAAUAACUCGACAUCACCUUCUUCAUCUUCUCUAUCAGAAGACAUGAUCACUAUUGAUUUGAGUAAGGUUCAUCCUUACCAAGAGAAGAAAUCAAGCUUAUUGGAUAAACUGUGGCUGCAUCUCGGACUCAUUGAUCCACCGUGUGAAAAGGAAAUUGAACUGGAGUUACUGGAAAUUCCAGACACACAAGAUCAAAUAUGUGUCAUUUGUUUGUCUACUUAUGAAGAUGGUGACAUACUAUGUAAAUUAUGGUGUAAACAUCAUUUUCAUAAGGCGUGUCUGCAUGAAUGGCUUGCAUUGAACUUUAGAUGUCCCAUGUGCAAACAAGACUCGAGAGGAAAAGAUGUGAUAUCCGUGUAA